GCAGCGGGCAUGGGGAAGCCCUCGGGCGGGGUCAGGGGGCGGGAGCUUCCUCCGCACUCGGGGAGAGGAGCGGCCGCACGCCGGGCGCCCGCAGCGCAGGGGUACAGCGCGGGGAGCAGGCAGCCAGAAUGUUUCUGGAGCCCCAGGAAACUAUGCCCCAGACGUCCAUUGUCUUCUCCAGCAUACUCGGGUCCAGCUGUAGUGGACAGGUGCAGCCCGGCAUGGGGGAGCGAGGAAGCGUGGCUGGCAGCUCAGGGGACCUCAUCUUUCAAGAGGGACGCCUCAUCUCUGGGUCCCUGGAGGCCUUGAUGGAGCACCUGGUCCCCACAGUGGACUAUUACCCGGAUAGGACAUACAUCUUUACAUUUCUCUUGAGCUCCCGGGUCUUCAUCCCCCCUCAUGACCUGCUGGCCCGUGUGGGGCAGAUCUGCCUGGAGCGGAGGCAGCAGCUGGAGACGGGGUCUGAGAAGGCUAAGCUGAAGUCCUUCUCAGCCAAGAUUGUACAGCUGUUAAAGGAAUGGACGGAGGCCUUCCCCUACGACUUCCAGGAUGAGAAGGCCAUGGCCGAACUGAAGGUCAUCACCCACAGGGUCACACAGUGUGAUGAGGAGAACGGCACAGUGAAGAAGGCCAUUGCCCAAAUGACACAGAGCCUGCUGCUGUCCCUAGCUGCCCGAAACCAGCUUCAGGAGCUGCGGGAGAAGCUCCGCUCACCAGCCAUGGACAAAGGGUCUGUCCUCAAGGCUAAGCCGCCAGCCACUCAGAAGGACAUCCUGGGCGUGUGCUGCGACCCCCUGGUGCUGGCUCAGCAGCUGACUCAUAUUGAGCUGGAGAGGGUCAGCAGCAUUCACCCUGAGGACCUGAUGCAGAUCGUCAGCCACAUGGACUCUCGGGACAAGCACAGGUGCCGAGGGGACCUGACCAAGACCUAUAGCCUGGAGGCCUAUGACAACUGGUUCAACUGCCUUAGCAUGUUAGUGGCCACCGAGGUGUGCCGGGUGGUGAAGAAGAAGCACCGGACCCGCAUGCUAGAGUUCUUUAUUGAUGUGGCCCGGGAGUGCUUCAACAUCGGGAAUUUCAACUCCAUGAUGGCCAUCAUCUCUGGCAUGAACCUCAGUCCUGUGGCGAGGCUGAAGAAAACGUGGUCCAAAGUCAAGACGGCCAAGUUUGACGUCUUGGAGCACCACAUGGACCCAUCCAGCAACUUCUGCAACUACCGCACCGCCCUGCAGGGGGCCACACAAAGGUCCCAGAUGGCCAACAGCAGCCGAGAGAAGAUUGUUAUCCCUGUUUUCAACCUUUUCGUUAAGGAUAUUUACUUCUUGCACAAAAUCCAUACCAACCACCUGCCCAAUGGGCAUGUUAACUUCAAGAAAUUUUGGGAGAUCUCCAGACAGAUCCAUGAGUUCAUGACAUGGACUCAGGUAGAGUGUCCCUUCGAGAAGGAAAAGAAGAUUCAGAAUUACCUGCUCACGGCACCCAUCUACAGCGAGGAAGCUCUCUUCAUCGCCUCCUUUGAAAGUGAAGGUCCUGAAAACCACAUGGAAAAAGAUAGCUGGAAGACUCUCAGGACCACUCUCCUUAACAGAGCCUGAAGGCACGGAUGCAGCCUGCCGACGCUGGAUGAAGCACACACAUGCACUGAGUUUUAAUCUUGAUUGAUAAGGGUUGAGAUGAGGAGGCCUCACUGGUUGGGGUCCAUUUUGUAUAUAACUUUUAUGAAAAAAAAAAUUAUUUCAUGCAUCAACCUUUGGCACUUAAAAAAGUUUUUUUUUUUUUUUUUGGUGGUUUAUUUUAAAUAACAGGGCAGGGCCCUGCUUCGGGGAAGGGUGGGGAAAGAGUAUCAUGGGAGAUGGCAUCCAUGAUAACAUCUUAUUCUAAUGAAAUGUAGAUUUUUAUUUUCUACUUUUGAUUAUUAACAUCUUA